GAGCUGCUAGAUGAGGAAGACACCGUUCUCUAUCGACCGCUGUAUGUGCGCAUGGCCGAGCAGCAACGUGUUUCCACCACAGAACGUGUCACAGCACCGAGUUUUCGACAGGAAGUGGGCCGCUUUGUUAAAGCUGAGCCAUUCGUGGAGCAGCAGCAGGCGGAUGAAAACGACAUGCUUCUGGAGCAUCAUCGUGGAGCGCACCAGCAGCAGUAUCCUUCAGAUGGAGUGGGUCAUGUUUUUGAUCUGGACCGCAGAGGCGUAAACUUGCAGUUCAAACUGGUCUUGAAUUAG